CUUCACAGAGCGAAAACUGCUAAUAUUGGGCAAGUGUAGAGAAAAGAAUUAAAGAAAUGAAGAAGAUCCUCAAGAAGACGAGACGAAGAACAUGGGAAGGGUAGAGAUGGUUGGCUAUGCUACGUGGAGAUUUAAAAAAGAAUCAAAUCUUUCGUGUUAUUAAUUGCUGUCUGUAGCUGGUGAAGUUGUGUGAUUUGUUCUGGGUUUCUUCAAUUAAUUUGGAUAAGUAAUCCAUGGCCGCUUCUUCGUCUUCAUCUAUGAACGGCAACGCCUCUCUCUCUCCUCAUCAUCCUCCCCAUUUCACUCCUAUUGAGGAAGGCAAUGAAGAAGAGGAGUUUUCGCAAGAAAGGAACAGUUCAAAAGCGACUCCAGCGAGUGAAAAUUGCAAGCAGCACGAAACGACGCCGUCGCAUUUAGAUAAAACGAGCAGCAGAGGGUCUUCAAGAAGGCGGCCGCCGGAGAAUGACGUGGCCACGGCCGGCGUGCUUUGCAGCAAGUGCCGGCCGAGCAACCGGGAGAAAAUCUCAGCCGUUCCUUCGGGAAACAACAGGCCUCACCGGCCGUCGAUUUCCAGCCCGAAUGGGAUGCUCAAAUCUAUCCUGGCUUCUUUAGCGAUUAGGAAGAGCCCCCGGACAUCGUCGGAGGGCGCCGCCGUGUCAACGGAGGAGCAUUGGAAGACGGCGGCGGCGGAGCUCUCGAACAAGCUAAUUCAGGCUACCAGAAAGAGGGACGAGGCGAUUCUCGAAGCUUCCAAAUUGAAAUACUCCAUGGCUGAGCUUGAGAAGAAGCUCAACAAAUUAGAAAUCUAUUGCCAUAGAUUGAAAUCCGAGCUCGAAAUCUACAGCGGCGGCAAUGAUAAUCUGCAUCAUAAAGAGCAGCAGCCGAUUGGAUCCCCUCGUCGAGUGAAUUAUCACGGCAUCGACAUCGGCGAUCAAGACAAGGUUAUUGAAAAUUUCUUGGACCAGGUAUCUGAAGCAAGAUUAACUGUCCGGACACUGAGCCGGGCUUUAGCUCAACAUCUAAGGCAAAUGGGGCCAAAAGUUUUCGAUCGAAUCGCAUCCCUAUUGCAGCCAUUCGACAUCAAGAUUUCGAAUUCAAGAAACUCUAGAGUCAUGCUUUUAUAUCUGUACAUGGAGGCCUUAUUGAACAUGGCAUUGUUCGAGGACUUCGAAUCCAUAGGGUUCCAAAAGAGUGCCGCCAAUCCAGUCCUUAAUCCGAUCGAUAAUUGCGAGGCUAAUUUCGCCAUGUUCCGGCGGUUGCAGGGGCUGACAUGGGAGGCAGUCUUGAACAAGGGGACAAAGCAUUUUAGUGAAGAUUUCAGCAGGUUUUGUGACAGGAAAAUGAGUGAGAUUGUGGGCAUGUUGGGAUGGAACAGGGCGUGGUCGGAGCCGCUAUUACAAGCCUUCUUCGGAGCUUCUAAGGCUGUGUGGCUUGUGCACCUUUUGGCUAAUUCAGUGCACCCAAGUCUCCCGAUUUUUAGAGUCGACAAAGGGGCUGGAUUCGACCAUGUUUACAUGGAGGAUGUGGGGGGCGGCGACAAGGCCAAGAAGCUCGUUGCUAGCGCGGUUCGGAUCAUGGUGGCGCCGGGGUUCUACGUGUACGAUAAUGUGAUAAAAUGCAAGGUUGUUUGCAGGUAUUGCAGCAGCAGCAAUGGUGGCGGCAACGGUAGCAUCAUCUUGUCCCCUUAGUAAGAAAAGAAUGAGAAGGGAUGGUUGUCAUGAUUAAUUAUUCGUUACAACAAUUUUUUUGAUGUGGGCAUCCAUGUAUGUUUUGAAUUGGAGUGUGGUUCGUGUAGUCAAUUUGGUGUAGUCUGUGCAGUCUGCAGUAGCCAAAGAUUAAGAUUAAGACAAAUUUGUGGAGGAAUAUAAUGAUGACAAGUUGCAUGGA